GCUUUGGCUCUGUAUCCGUUCUUUUCCUCUGGAUGGUAUUGGUGCAACUAUGACACAAAUGUCAGCAAUUAUGCACCCUUAGCCAGGUCACCACCCACCUCCUGUAAGACUAAAUUUCCUCCCACAUUGUAGAACUCUACAAACUGUGGUUACCCUGCACCAGCUGAGAACAACGAAAUAGUCCUGAGAGAACUACUUUUACACCACGUGCAAAGGUUAGCUCCUGUCUUGCUUUUACUUCUCUCUUCCAAGUUUAGCUCAUAGAAGAAAAGUGUUUGAUCCUGGCUUAAUCUUAUAGCCUGUGAUUGCCACAAUCCAAGUUUGCUUUAGUCAUGAUUUAGUACGAUCUUUCUUCUUUUUUUUUUUUUUUUGUGCCUGGAAGAAGUUUUUGGUUUGAGUUUGUGGGAUGGGUACUUUGGUUUCUAUAUCUGAACACAAGAGCAAGAGGUACAUCAUUUUCUUGAACAUUUCAUUUCUCUUGGUGGCAUGCGUUUUCUUGAUGAUAUGUUUCAGGCCUUCAGGAAUUCUUGUUCUAAGCGGUUAUAAUUCCAUCGGUGAUAAUCAGCAAGAUUGCAAGUUACUGGAGAAGUUGGAUGAUUACAAAGCCAAGUGCUCUUACCUUAAGUCCAAUAACCCAUGUGUCUCUCAAGGCUAUGUUGAUUAUCUUUACCUUUUUUAUUGCAAUUUGGGAAGAUUUCCCUUGUUGGGCCAUUGCCUUCUUGUCCUUUGGCUCCUUGUGUUGUUUUAUCUCUUGGGAAACACCGCCUCUGAUUACUUUUGUUAUUCUCUUGAAAGCUUAUCAAGCCUGUUAAAAUUGUCCCCUACACUUGCUGGUGUUACACUCUUGUCUCUGGGCAAUGGUGCCCCGGAUGUGUUUUCCAGCAUAGCCUCGUUCAUGGAUAGUGGAACAGAGGAUGUUGGCCUAAAUACGGUGCUGGGUGGUGCUUUCUUUGUAACUUCUGUUGUGGUCGGAGCAAUAAGCACUUUAACGCACCGGAAACGAGUUCAGGUUAACAAACCUGCCUUUGUAAGAGAUGUUUGCUGCCUCCUCCUGGUUCUUGCAUCCUUAUGUUUGAUAUUGGUUUAUGGGAAAAUCAAUCUUUGGGGAGCAAUGGCCUUUUCUUCAAUGUAUAUUCUUUAUGUUAUCAUUGUUUACAUCAUAUAUAUUUUUUGGAAUUCUGGUGGCAUGGGAAACAUAGCUUCCGAUUCAAGUUAUAAUAGUGGCUUCAGCAUACCGCUUUUGACUGGGAUUGAGAAAGUAGAGCUUGAUUGUUUAGAGGAAGGGAAUCUGGAAGAUAAUAACGGGGUAGGAUUCAAGAACCGUUGCUUUUGUUUAAGACUAUCAGCUCCUUGCAGUAUGUUGCUAUUUAUCCUUCAGAUGCCCCUUUAUUUACCUAGGAGAUUGACAAUUCCUAUUGCCUGUGAAGAGAGAUGGUCUAAGCCAGUAGCAGUUGUUUCAGUGGCAUUGGCACCAAUUCUCAUAUCUGUACUUUGGGACCUUCAAGAUAACAAUCUCAGCUUUAAUACAAGCCUGCUGGUCUAUGGAAUUGGGUUCCUGUUUGGAAUCACUUUUGGGGUUCUUGCAUAUUUGACAACUGAAAAUUCCAGCCCACCAAAGAAAUGCUUGUUCCCAUGGCUAGCUGGAGGGUUCAUAAUGAGUGUGAUCUGGAGUUACAUCAUAGCUCAAGAAUUGGUUGGCUUAUUGAUUUCUAUUGGGUACUUAACUGGAAUCAGUCAGUCUAUCCUAGGGUUGACUGUCCUUGCUUGGGGCAACUCCCUUGGAGAUCUAAUCGCCAACUUGACAAUGGCAUUGAAUGGUGGUCCCACAGGGGCACAAGUGGCUAUAUCAGGCUGUUAUGCUGGCCCUAUCUUCAACACACUGUUUGGUUUGGGCAUGUCUCUGAUCGGCUCUGCCUGGUUGGGAUACCCUUCACCUGUUCAGAUCCCUAAAGAUCCUUACCUCCUGGAAACUUUGGGUUUUCAAGUUGCUGCCUUGCUAUGGGCACUUUUGGUUCUGCCAAUGAGAGAUAUGAGGCUUGAUGGGGUCCUGGGAGGAGGGCUUUUUCUGAUCUACUUGACUUCUAUCUCUUUAAGGCUGAUUCAAGUAGUUGGACCCCUCCAACUUCACACAGCUACCUAGUCAGUUCAUGACGGUCACUUGAAAACUAUGUAACUGUUUAUAUGUCGAGAUGCAAUCAAUUGUUUUAUAUAUCCUUCCUGUAUAUAGUAACCACUAAUUUACUGAUUGAAUUUUCAUUGAAUGGUAUGUACACGUUGUUCUGUUUUCAACGCAGCAAUGAAAUCACAAUUCUUUCAAAA